UUACUGAAAGUUGGCGUCGCCAAUGAUUUUUAGCUGGUUAAGUUAGAUUUCUCAAUUUUGGCUUUCGAGCUCUAGUAUUCGUUACAUUAUAUACAUUCCAAGUUAUAAUACUAUUAUUAGCCAAGUCGAUAUAAGGCUAAUACAAUGUCAUUCGUUAACUAUGGGACCGAUCCGAAUUCUAUAGCUGCUCGGCUCAGGCGGCGUUAUGGAAACCUUACGGCUCCAUCUUCGAAAAAUGUCACCAAUAUUAGAAAGACGGUGUCGAAAUCGCUUAAUUCACUUUCGGCCAGCGGAUCGGAGGUUAAUCAGCAGGAGGAACGAGCUGCGGUGCUCGGGAUGCAGACUCAGUUGGAGGGACAGCAAAAGUUUUGGUACGAUCUUCCUGAGGGCUACAAGAAGAGCAGUACGGUUUGCAUCUGCAUGCGUAAGCACACGGCUUUUGAAUGCGAUCGUUGCCAUCAGUAUUUCUACGGUCGCAUUUCUGAGAUUUGCGAGAAACAUCCCCAUGAUUUUUUCCUUAUGGACAUCCGAUCCUGCCCAUAUUGUAAGGCCCCAAUCGAAAUGAUUAAGAAGUCGCAAAUCAGUUGGGAUGCUAUACGUAAGAUUGAAGAAGCCGAAUUGCCGAGUGAUUAUGAUCUAUAAUUUGAGUUUGAGACUCAAGUACAUCAUGACCUUAAAUACAUUAUUAAAUGUACAACUCUAUAACUGUAUAACUGUAUAAAUGUAUAACUGUUAAUCAUAAUAAUAACAUAUUUUUGAGUA